UCCCCUCUGGGUCCAUCUAGGUCCCCCUCUCUCCUUCUGCCUUUCUGUCUAUCUGUCAGUCAGUCAUUACACUACCCUCAGAUAGACAGAUAUCAGUCUGUUACAGACAUGGGGAAAGGGUUCUUCAUCAGCAAGACUUUGGGGAUAGUUGGUGUGAUCGUGGGGACUGGAGUGGUGGCCACCAUCAUCGCCCUGUCAGUGGUCUAUAGCCAGGAGAAGGCCAAGAUCCAUGAGGCAGUGAAUCCCCCCACUACUCCCUCCACUCCCUGGGAACACUACAGACUGCCUGACUCCCUGUCUCCUGUCUCCUACAACAUCACCCUCUGGCCUCGACUGGUUGUCAACGCCUCUACUGGCCUCUACAUCUUCACAGGACAGUCAGCUGUGGUGUUCCAGUGUAAGAAGGACACAGAUCUGAUCCUCAUCCACUCUAACAAGCUGAACCUGACUCUGCUCAGCCUGAUUAGCCGGGAUGGAGCUACUGCUCCCACCAUAAAGAAAAACUGGCUGGAGGUUCCUACUCAGUUCUUAGUGAUCCAGCUGAAUAGUAAUCUGAUGGCAGGGAGACAGUAUGAGCUGUACACGGAGUUUAUAGGAGAACUGGCUGAUGACCUGGGAGGCUUCUACAGGAGUGAAUAUACAGAGGGGACCAGUCCCCCGGUGAGAAAAGUUGUAGCAACCACUCAGAUGCAGCCUGUGGACGCCAGGAAAGCCUUCCCCUGCUUUGAUGAACCUGCCAUGAAGGCCGUGUUCCACAUGACCCUCCUCCACGCACACGGAACAGUGGCUCUGGCCAAUGGCAUGAAUCUAGCCUCAGUCAAUGUCACUGUCAACGGCCAGGAUGUUACUCGGACCAGCUUCCAACCCACACCCCUCAUGUCAACCUACCUACUCGCCUUUGUCGUCAGUGAGUUCGGUUUCAUCCAGUCAGCAGAAGGGGAAAAAGUUUUGAUCAGGAUUUGGGCUCGUAAACAGGCCAUUGCUGAGGGCCAGGGAGAUUACGCCCUCGAAAAAACUGGACCGAUCCUGGAGUUCUUUGAAAACUACUACAGCUCAAGCUAUCCUCUGACCAAAUCAGACCAGAUAGCUCUGCCUGACUUCAGUGCUGGAGCCAUGGAGAACUGGGGUCUGAUCACCUACAGAGAGACAGCCCUGCUCUACAACCCUGCCAGCUCGUCCAAUGGAGACAAAGAGUGGAUCGCUACGGUCAUCUCUCAUGAACUGGCUCACAUGUGGUUUGGUAACCUGGUGACCAUGAAGUGGUGGAAUGACCUGUGGCUCAACGAGGGCUUUGCCUCCUACGUCUCGUAUCUUGGGGCCAACUCUGCUGAACCCACGUGGAACGUAACAGACCUAAUAGUGCUGAAGGAGGUGCAUGGGGCGAUGUCUGUAGAUGCGCUGGCCUCCUCUCACCCUCUCUCUGCCAAAGAGGAAGACAUCAUGAGGCCUGCACAGAUCAGUGAACUGUUUGACACCAUCACCUACAGCAAGGGAGCUGCAGUUCUGAGGAUGCUGUCUGAGUUCUUGACAGAGCCGGUCUUUGCCCGAGGACUUAGUACGUAUCUGAACACAUUCAAGUACAGCAACACAGUUUACCAGGACCUCUGGAAGCACCUGCAGAUGGCCGCCGACUCGACGCCAGGGUUAGACCUCCCAGCCUCUGUAGAUGAUAUCAUGAACCGUUGGAUCCUCCAGAUGGGCUUUCCAGUGGUUACCAUAGAUACGGCCACAGGAAGCAUCAACCAGAGACACUUCCUGCUGGACCCUGACUCUGUAGUGGACAGACCCUCUCCUUUCAUGUAUGAAUGGAUUGUUCCUAUAAAGUGGAUGAAGAAUGGGAAAGAUCAGACUCCAUACUGGUUACAGACUAAAACAGCCACCCAUCUACCAAUGAAAACUUUGGGAUCUGAUUGGAUGUUGGCCAAUACCAAGGUUUCUGGAUUCUUCAGGGUCAACUAUGACAGUAGUAACUGGGAUCGACUCCUCAUGCAGCUCAGCACAGACCAUGAGGCUAUUCCAGUGAUCAACAGAGCCCAGGUUGUGGAUGAUGCUUUUAACCUGGCUAGGUGAGUCCUCUUCCACACAACAUAGUCUUCUGUCUAUAUGCUAUCUAUAU